UGACAACCAGUACUAGAAUCGGCUGUUGAGAGUGAACUGGUCACAAAUCAUACCCAAAACUAAAUUAACAGAAUUGAAACGCUACCACACACAUACCUUGAUUCUUCCGAUAAAAAUCUUAUCGGAAUUCAAAAAUACUCGUCGCCGGAAUGGCCACCGCCGUGUCCAACGCUGCUGGCCGCCACUCGUUAAGCCAAAUCCUUAAAGAAUUCGUCAAGUUCGCAGUUGGCUCCGCCAUCGACGGCUCCCUCAAAAUCAUCCCUGGAGGUAGAAGAAAGCAGGUAGAUAAGAUGGUGCCGGAAGGACUAAUAAAUAUGCCGAUGCCAACAGUUUUAAAGACCAAUAAACACCUUGAUAAAAAGGUUGCAAAUGAACUCCAUUUUGACGCUAAAAUGGAGGAAGUGAAGGAAGAAAUGAAUAAUAUAAAGCAGCAGUACAAAACAUCAACCAAACUUGCUGAAGAGUCACAACAGCCUCCAAACAAAAUGGAUGAUGAUGGCUUUAAGGGAAUUAAUCUUGUGCAGAAAAAUGGGAGGAGAGUGUUCAUUCGGUCUCGUCUAUAGGAUGAAUUUACUAAAUUGCAAUAUAUAAGGAGUGUUAGCAUUAUACUCUUUCUACUACUUUGAGAAGGAGUGUUCAUUCUACUACUUGUAAUUUGUUCUUCCCUAUAGUAUUAUUAGUGAUAUAUAAUAUAUUCAGUAUAAAAACAUUUCCUAUUACUUCCUA